GCAGUUCCACAUCAGGAACUCGAGUUGAAAAGCCAGCCAAGGGGGCCUGGGAAACUCGUCGCAACAUCAUGGCGUUCAUGGAUGCCUGGAAACAAUUAUCUUGGUUUUAUUACCAAUAUUUACUCGUCACAGCUUUGUACAUGCUGGAACCUUGGGAGAGGACGGUGUUCAAUUCCCUCCUGAUCUCCGUGGCAGGGAUGGCGGUGUACACGGGCUACGUGUUCAUGCCGCAGCAUAUCAUGGCCAUACUGCACUACUUCGAAGUGAUCCAGUGACCAAAGCCGUAAGCACCUUUCCCAACAAGCGUCCACGGCUGCCCCCUGGUGGACAGGAAGAGGAUUUUAUUAUCUUUUAACCUUCAAGGACUGUAUAUUCUCUGCUCCUCUAGUGUGAAGGCAGGCGGGUGGGAAUGGGAAAAAACUUACAGAGAAUCUCUGGUGAGAGGGAGGGGUGCCAAACUAAGGAAUUAAUUCCAUUAUAUUUCAAGUUGUGACUGCACAGCAACUGUUUUUGUUUCCUUAAGUGCGGAUGUCUGUUAGACCUUUCUACAAAUUAACUGUCUUCUGCUGCUGAAUAUUUUCUCACUAAUGUGUAUAUAUGUAUACAUAUGUGUGUAAAGUUUUGUAGUAACGGUUUGCCUGGGAAGAGCUAUUGUUUUUUUGUUUUGGCAACAUUGGGGUUGAGUGAGAGUCUGGAAGAAUUGGUAGUUUUGGAAGAGUUGAUUUUGUACUUUUCAAUAGCAUCAAGAGCUUUGAUAUAAUCUCACCUAAAACAUAUUUUUGUGUUUUAAAAGUCCUAAAUAUUGUUUGUAAGAUGUAUAGAAAGUCUCAGGUGUUACAUUAUUGUAGAACUUACGUUUAUUAAAACAGUGCUUCAGUAA